CCCCGAUGUUGCUAAAUGUUCCAUCUUCUCAUUAUUACAUUAUGUACAUUCUUCUUCUACCAGUUCCCUCUCUUCAAUCUAUUUCCAGCAUGAAGUCUUCCCUUGCCCUUGGCCUCGUCUCACGAGCUCUGGCUGCCACUAUCCCCCGCGGUGCUGAUGUCUUUGGUGGAACCGAAGCUGAUAUCAAGAACGUCCCAUACCAGGCUGAAUUCAAUGUUGUAGAGGCCGGAGUUUUCUGCGGUGGUAGUAUUAUCAGCAAACGCCAUAUUCUCACUGCUGGCCACUGCUCCAGGCUGGCGGACAACCCCAGCGAGAUUGUCAUCAGAGCCGGCAGCGCCAAGCUCCCUGCUGGUACCGAGCACGCUGUCGCCUCGAUUCACCAGCACCCCAAGUUUAAUACAGCGAAUGGCCAUAUCGAUUACGACGUCUCCAUCUUAGAGCUGGCUUCUGGUCUCGAGUUCAGCGACUCCGUCAAGGCAAUUGCCGUUGUCGACUCGCCCGCUGUCGCCAACUCUACUGGCCUUCUCUCUAGCUGGGGUGAUUCACAGGACGGUGAUGUCACACAGCCCAUGGAGGUUGACCUGGCAGUCAUCGCCCUCGACGAGUGCAUCAAGCUGCUCGCCAAGUACGGCAUCGUCCCCUCGGACCGCUUCUUUUGCACCCUGUACCGUGCCGGCGGUAAGGCCGCUUGCCAUGGAGACAGUGGCGGUCCCAUUGUCAUUGACGGCAAGCUUGCUGGUUCCGUUUCUGGUGGUCCAGACACGUACGUGUGCCCUCGCCGAUAGCCCCGGCACAUACGCCGAUCUUGGCCACCCUGAGAUCCGCAAGUUUAUCAAGGACGUCGCUGGCGUCUAAGCGAGUCAAGAUAGUAUACAGAAAUCGAGAGAUGAACGUAUAUAAAUGUAACGAAACCUCAGUCAAGACGCGUACCGAACAUUGAAGCUUAUUAAACGAACAAAAGUUGUCUUCUACCUCUCGUGAAUCGGUCACUCUCGUGAUAUUUUUCUUUAUUUGGUAGAGCAGUACUGCGCUUCAAACCAUGUUAUAAGCUUACCACCAAGCCACAGUCUCCCAUUUUCUGUUUUCGACUGCAAGCGUUGUAAAUUAGUGCCAAAGAUUUCUCGAUUGUACUGUCCUUCUAGCCAAGCGUUCUAAUCGCUUCGUGUUGCAGUCGGCUUUCCUUGCCGUGGCCACAUCAAUCUUGGCAUCUCUUAGACCACAGACUCGAUGGCCUGGGUUGUAUGGUAGAUCAUCCUUGGCGACGGGCCGACAUAUCGGUAAAGCGAAUACACGUCAUCUCGCAGCAUUGUACCGUGUUCUUCCUUUCAAUCAUGGAGCGCGGCAUUAGGUGAUCGCGUGCUCACCUAGGCCGGCGUUGAUCCAUCAUGGGCUCUGCGGCUAUACCCGAGACUCGCCAUGAAAACAAUGGGUUCUGUAUUAUCGAAUGGUUCGAGACUCGGUCUAAUCCAUGUUAACAAGCCGUAACAAAAUGACGGUGGCUUGUCACUGAUGUCGCCAAAUGGCGUCGAAGAAGCGAAAGCCGCGGCGUUGGCUUGCACAAUGGCG